CAACACCAUCCAAAUUCAGUCUUACCAGUAUCAGCACCGAGUGUGUGACCAUGGCGCUUCGGUUUCUCGCCCAAGUCCCGGUAAUCUCACCCUUCCCGUCCACUUCAAAAUCCGGCAACCUUACCUCCUCCUCCUCUUCCGUCAGACUGCAACCGCCACGUGUCAGUCACCUGACGGUGAAGAGCAAGAGCAAGAGAAAGCCGCCACUCUUCAGUUCAAUCAAAGCCGUCGAUGAAAGCCAAGCGGAUUCCGACACCGAGCCAAAAGGAGAGUCGUCGGCGUCGGCGAGUGAACCCGUCGAGUUGAGCGAGUUAGGGGCGGAGAUCAAGAAGGCGAUGUCGGAGAGGAAGGAGAAGGAGAAAGAAGGAGGAGGCGGCGAUUUGUUGGGUGGAGUGGCGGAGGAGAUUAGGGAGAUCGAGUGGCCUGUGUUCGGCAAGGUCUUGGGGACUACUGGAGUUGUGCUUGGGGUUAUUGCCGGCUCCAGCGUCGUUUUGCUCACUGUCAAUGCCGUUUUGGCCGAGCUGUCCGACCGGGUUUUCGCCGGCAGAGGCGUUCAGGAUUUUUUCGGCUGAGAGACAAAAUCUUUACAAAGGUAGACUAGAGAAUGGGAUCCAAGUUGUUAUUAGGUGCCUGCUUGUGUCAAAGAAAUACACAAUUCGAAAUCUCAAACUCUCCGGUUGGAUUUUGCUUGCCAAGCUUCGUCACCCGUGUAUUUAGUAUAC